UGUUGGUUUAUACCGUUCUUCUUCUCUUUUUAGUGUUUUAUUGUAUUUUUAAGUUCGAAGCCACGAAUAAAUUGCUAACGCCUAUGUAGACAAAAGGCCAUCAAAAUAACUGAAUUCAUUCUUUUUUUAGCCAUUUGAUUUUAUAGUUCUAGGCACAGGUCCGGAUCCAGGUAAGUCGUCAGUCAAAAUAAAAAUAUUGAUUAACUGCAGAGUGCAAUAAUAAUUUUAAAAAUGUAUCCUAUAAUUUAUUGAAUAUAACUUAUCAGCUGCUGUAUUAAUGACAUGUCAUUUGGCAGACCUGUUCAAAAUAAGAAAUUACUACUUUGUUCUCUAUUUGUUAUUUGUUUAGUAACAUUAUUUUUGUUUUCCAAAUAUCCUAUUUUAGGUGAUGAAUAUAGAAGAGAAAGACUGAAAUUAAUAAAUGAAGUAAUAAAAACUCAAGCUAGCAACUUAGCAUGCAGACAGCCAAAUCUUCCUGUGGGUUCCCCAGAAAUUAUGAAAUUUGUUCGUACAGUGCCCAAAAUAGAUUGCUCAAAAUCUGGAAUUGACUGGGUAAAAUGUACGGAUACAAUUUGCAGUGUAGAAGAAACAGCAAAUAUACAAUUUGGUCCCUUAAAUUGCUAUUUUACAGAUGUCUACAGAAAAAAUGAUUACAAAGUUGUUCAUGGACAACCAGUAAAAGCUGAAACGUACGAAUUAAAAAAAAGUGAUGUGGUACGUGUGUUAUGUUCGGCAGAAGAACAAAAAUGGUCUGCUACUUUGGUUGGUAUUAGAAAAGAUGAAAAAGUUUGGAAUGCAUCAAGUUGGGAUAAGUUACCGAAAAAUUCAUUGAAAAUGAAUGUUCUUAUGUUUGGAUUCGAUUCUCUGUCCAGAAAUUCUUUUAUUAGAAAAUUACCCAAAAGUUAUGAAUAUCUUGAUACCAUUUUAGAGACUGAUGUACUUCAAGGAUACAAUAUUGUUGGAGAUGGAACUCCGCAAGCUCUAAUACCAAUGCUAACUGGAAAAAAUGAAUUAGAGCUACCAGAUACACGUAAAAGAAUAAAAAACACAAAAUUCGUGAAUUCUUACCCAUUUAUUUGGAACGAUUAUAAGAAAUCUGGCUAUGUUACUGCAUUUUUUGAGGAUGUCCCGAAAACAGGAACAUUCAACUAUAGAUUAAAUGGUUUCAAUAAAUCGCCAACAGACCACUAUAUGAGACCUUAUUAUUUGGCUUUAUUAAAUGAUAAAAAAAAAUGGCCUGCACUUUGUGUAGGGGAGAAUCCCAAGCACAAAAUUAUGUUAAAUCUUAUAAAGGAGUUUUUUGCAGUAUAUACGCCAAAACCAAAAUUUUUAUUUGGUUUCCACGGUGAAUUAUCUCAUGAUGACUAUAAUCUUGUGGGAGUAGCAGAUGAUGAUUUUCUACAAUUUUUAACAGACUUACAUGUCUCUGGAGCUCUAAAUAACACUAUUCUAAUACUCAUGGCAGAUCAUGGACACAGAUUUGCCGAAAUAAGAAAUACCCUUCAAGGUAAACAAGAAGAACGUUUGCCAUUUUUUUCGUUCACUUUUCCCAAGUGGUUCAAAGACAAAUACAAAUAUAUUUAUAAUAAUUUCAAAAGCAACUUGGAUAAACUCACAACUCCUUUCGAUAUUUAUUCUACAUUAAAAGAUAUAUUACAUCUGAAAGACGUCGGUGCUGCAGAUAUUAGCCAGAGAUCCGUUUCGCUUUUUUCAAAAAUACCGCCUUCAAGAAGUUGCGCUAGUGCACACAUAGAACCACAUUGGUGCGCUUGCUUAGACUGGCGAGAAAUCCCCCUCUCCGAUCCCAUAGUAAAAAGAAUAGCCGAAAAAUUAACAAACACUAUAAAUUCUUACACAAGCGAGUACCGAAAUUUUUGUGAAUUCUUAACAAUCUGGGAAGUAUAUUGGGUAACAAAAAUGGAACCUAACGAAAAUUUACUCAGAUACAAGAAGACCUUGGACGUGGAUGGAUUUGUUGCGGACUUAUCAGCGAAAAUUGAUAUAAGAGAAGAUGCAUAUCAAAUCAAGGCGAUGAUGGUUCCUGGAAAUGGCCUUUUCGAGGCUAGUGUUACGCACGAGUUGAUCAUUGACAGUUUCAAAUUAAAAAUCAGCGAUAUAAGUCGGAUAAAUUUGUACGGAACUCAGGCGAGAUGCAUUGAAAACGAUCUGCCUCAUUUGAGAAAAUACUGUUGUUGUAAAGAUGUAUAAAAAGUGAUCGAGGAAAAAAAUCAAAAUUACCAUUAUGUUUUUAUAUAUAUAUAGCGUGGUACAAUAUACGUUCGGAGCAUAGCUGCAAAACUAGCAAGAGUUAGAAAAACCUACAGUAUUAUACAACUCCAAAAAAGCUACAGUUAUAAAAUAAUUUCGACUAUAUAGUGUUCCAUAACUAAAGAACGUGUAUUAAGUUCAUUUUUGCAAAUUGAAAGUCCUAAAUAACUAAAUGUUAAAUCUAGGAUAUCAAAACUAACCAAAUUAAGGGCUUAUUGGGGUAAUAAACAAUUAUAUUUUACUCUUACAUCUGACACACACAAAUUCGCAGCUCAAACUAAUAAAAAUAUUGUAAAUAACGCAAUGCAACAAUUCAAGAGACAUUCAAAAAAUUCUAAAUUAACUGUCAAACGAUAGUAAAACUGACUAUUCACUCUGAGGAGCCACUAAAAGACUAAAAAAAAAAAACAACCUUGUAGAAUCCACCAAUUAAAAAUGCAGAUGACACAUGGACAAAAAGCUAAUAGAUUUCCAA